UUCGUUUAUUCCUUACAUCUCAUCAACAUCUGCCACGGGCUCUUGGCUCAUUCCUCUGACUGCUGACCUGCAGGGAAGCAGAAACCCAGAAAGAGAAGGAAGGCAGACACCUGGAGACAGACCUGAGGCCGAGGCUGCCGCUGGUCUUCCGCCCUUCCCCACUCUCUUCCCACCCUGCCCUAACACCUCUCCCUAGCCAACGCCCCUCAAAGUCUCCUGGGGCUCAGCCCUUCUCCCUCUGGGGCCGCAGGUGCCCCUCAGGGCCUGCGUCCCACCAUGUCAGUGGCUGUGGAGACCUUUGGCUUCUUCAUGGCAGCUGUGGGGCUGCUGAUGCUGGGUGUGACUUUGCCAAACGGCUACUGGAGAGUGUCCACCGUGCAUGGGAAUGUCAUCACCACCAACACCGUCUUCGAGAACCUCUGGUACAGCUGCGCAACCGACUCCUUGGGAGUCCACAACUGCUGGGAGUUCCCGUCCAUGCUGGCCCUCUCCGGGUACAUCCAGGCCUGCCGGGCACUCAUGAUCACCGCCAUCCUCCUGGGCUUCCUGGGCCUCUUCUUGGGCAUGGUGGGACUGCGCUGCACAAACAUUGGGAGCUUGGUGCUCUCCAGGAAAGCCAAGCUGGCGGCCACUGCCGGGGCCCUAUACAUACUGGCUGGUUGCUGCGGGAUGGUGGCCAUCACCUGGUACGCCUCCAACAUCACCCGGGACUUCUUUGACCCCUUGUAUCCAGGAACCAAGUAUGAGCUGGGCCCCGCGCUCUACCUGGGCUGGAGCGCCUCCCUGCUGACCAUCCUGGGCGGUGUUUGCCUCUGCUCCAACUGCUGCUGUGCUCCCGAAGAGGACCACGCCACCAGCAACCGGCUGCCCUACAAGGCCUCCACAGUGCAGUCCGCUGGCCCCGCUGCCCACGUGCGCCCUGCAGCAGCCUCGUAUGAAGACGACAUCAGCUUCGGCAAAUACGGGAAAAACGCUUAUGUGUAGGAGGCCUGGCCUGUGGAUCCUAUUCACUGCCCACAGUGGAAAGGGGUCCCUGGAGCCCCGGACAGCAGGCGCAGGCCCCUGCUUGGUAUUACCACCUCAGAGGCAAGCCAUGCCCCAGGGCCAAGCCACUCCCAGGACUCCACCUCGGGCCUGGAAGCCACACCUAGCUCAGGCUCCUCUCUUUAGUCGGAGCUCUGCCCUGGCUACGCUUCCCUCCUCUGGCCAAGAAGCUGCCUCCUGAGGACUCACUUCGGACUCCUGAGACUGCACCUGACCCCUCUCUAUCCUGAGUGGGGGGUCUGAGAGAUUAGGCCGAUGGGGAUGCCCCCGAGUGCUUGCAUUCUGUAUAAAUACAUGCUUAAAUAAAUUUGUAUUGUGAACUGUU